AUGUCUGAAGACCCAGGCAUCUCGCUCCCCCAAUGGGUCAUCACCCUAUCGGGAUACACGGCUCUGGUAGCCUCGUUGAUUAUCUUCCUUUCAAUCUUUAUGCAUCUCCUCAAUUACAGAAAGCCCUUUCAGCAGAGACUCAUGAUCAGAAUUCAAUUGAUUGUGCCUCUCUUCGCCCUCUCAUGCUUCUCCAUGUUAUGCAAUCCUACGUCGGUGUUAAAUAAGUUUAUCAUCGAACCAACGAGAGAAAUCUAUGAAGCUUUUGUCAUCUACACCUUCUUUUCGCUCUUGACAGAUAUGUUGGGAGGCGAGAAGAGUAUUGUCAUCAUGGCCAGCGGCAGACCGCCCGUUGAGCAAAUUGGAUUCAUGAAGUGUCUUCCGCCGCUUGAUAUUCUGGACCCACACACGUUUUUGGCUGUCAAGCGUGGUAUUCUCCAGUACGUUUGGCUCAAACCGGUAAUUUGCUUUGGCGUGCUCUUUCUGGAGUUGCUCGGCUGGUACGACGUCAACGACUUGGGUAUCACGUCUCUCUACCUCUGGUUCACCAUUGUUUAUAACUUUAGCGUAUCUUUGUCGUUAUACUCGCUUGCUAUCUUUUGGAAGAUCCUCUGGGUCGACUUAAAGCCAUUCAAUCCUGUGGGAAAGUUUCUCUGUGUGAAACUUAUCAUUUUUGCAUCGUACUGGCAGGGUGUUAUUCUUGCAAUUCUCAACUUCACCGGUGUAUUGCCUGGAAAUAGUUCCCAAGAUGAACAGGGUGCUCCCAACAUUGGUGUGUCCAUCCAGAAUGCAUUACUCUGCGUGGAAUUGAUAGCGUUUGCUUUUGGUCACUGGUUUUCAUUCUCGUAUCGGCCAUUUACCAUUUCUCGAAUCCCCAAUGGCAGACUUGAGUUUAUAUACGCCGUGAGGGACAUGAUCGGCAUCAAAGAUUUAGUUAUCGACUUCAAGCUCACUUUCUACGGCGAUUACUACAAAGACUACAAGCAAUUUGAUUCCGUGGAGGCCACAAUUGCACAUCCAAAGUCUCGAGGCAGAAUGAGCAGAAUCAAUCAGGGUCUCCGAUAUCACAACGACGGAAAACAGAAGCACUGGCUACCUCAGCAGAAUGCUGGAAGUUCCAAUAAGUCGUCUAUUCAGAGCACAUCCGAGAUAAACGCCAUUCCCAACUACGGCAAGUCACGAACGCAGCUGGCUUAUGCUGCAUCUAUGUCGCUGAAUGGUACCUCCACUAGAGGAAUAUAUCCAUCUUCACCUAAGCUUGGAAUUUCGCCGCCUGGGUCACCAGGAGGUGAUGUGAGUGCUCUAAGUAUUGACGAAACGAAUAAUAUGGAUGACAUCAUGAAUGAGAUUGUUCCAGAUGUGAAUAAUGAGGAUGAACACUUUGCUGAGGACGAGCAAUAUUACAAGGCUGCAUCGUUGGUGGUAAAUAACUACAACUUAGACCAAACCGAGGUAAAGAAAUUGAUCCACUAUCCAAUUGUCGAUGAGGUUAUUGGAGGACAUGAAUACGGCUACAAGGUCCAAAAGCUACGUGCUAGUCGUAGUCAUCUCCAUACUGAUAGCCACAGUCGUCUGUCACAGCCACUCAGGCGUGAUGAGUCGUUGGGUUACGGGAGUGUGUGA